GUAUAUCGAUAAGACUCCCCAUCGUUAAUAUAAAUUCUGUCAACGUCUUUCGUGCAAACGCGCGAUACGAGUCCUUAUUAGUGCACGUACGAAAUGCACACUCGAAUCCACGGUAUCGUUCUAUCAUUUUCCAAACUCGAUUGUGUUUUCAAUAAUUUUUUCGCGAACGAGUCGUCACGCGAAAAACGCCAGGUAAAUAACAUCGCAACAACGAUAGAACGCCUAAUUGACCAGUACUGUCUGUGCGGCGUGCAUCGUUCGUGAGAGUCUGAAAUAAACACACGCGCAGGUGAACGUAUCCAUUACGACCGACAUGAUUUUUAACGGUGAAAAAGGCGAACACGUAGAUCGAAGAUCUAGAUGCAACAUAGAUUUUGUAGCAGGCAGAAGGUUUAAUUGUAAGAUUCGCCAAAGUACGAGGAAUUAAAAGAAACACGUGACCGCGAGCGAAGCCGAGAGUGAGCACAAACAAGCGGCACGAUCCACGAGACGUGACCAGCUAUGUGUUGCGUGUGACGUAUGACUUAUUCGUCGAUGACAAACUGACCGAACCAUUAGCCGAUCGAACGGUCGUGUGCGCGGCCAAGGGAACAGUUACGAUCGAUCGGUAGAAAUAUCGUUUCUGAUAUGUAUCCAACGUGUCGAUGUGUUCGUGCGCCGAUCGAUAUUGAUUGACAGCGUUUCGACACACAGUGCGUCCGUAAAAGGAGAAACGUGACACUAAAAAAGAUAUCAAUAAUCGACCGUCUAGGCGUUGCCAUAUUUACUGGGAGCGAAAGUAGAAGCGCGAACAAGGGAACGGGUAUUGGAACGACGUUAUGCGUAUCUACUUUGACUUUAAUUUGUCGUUAUUACUCCUUGCUGUCUCUGUCCGUUCGUAACGUCCAGCGAACACCUUUUGCUCUGUAUUCGUUAAUUAUCGUGCCGAUAAAUCUUUCGAGGACCCCAAGGAGUUUCAAGGAUAAAGUCAGAGAGAUACUUGAAUUUUUUUCCUUUUCAAUGUCGACGAGUAUUACAGUUACUUCAGUCUUUCAAAGUCUAUGUACAGACAGGGUUUAAAAAAAAACGGAACCUGAUAUUGUUUUGUGUUCGAUGUGAUUGAGACGUAGACGGGCUACCAAACGUGCGGCAUUUUUUUUUUUAAAAUGUCGUUCAGCACGAAAGCGAAUAGGUGGUCCCCGAAAUUGAUAAUCGGCUUUCAACUGACUAUUUGGAGUAUCGUUGGGAUCGUACUUCUACAAAAGGGCGCGAUCUCUUUAUAUGGUACAAAGGAAGCGGCACGAAACGACACUACUGAUACACAGGAAAGGUUAACGAGAUGGAACGAGAAGAAAUCAAUUCGUGAUUCGAGUAUCGCGGAAAAACGUCACCGAAUCGUCGAACACGAAAUCGCAACACGGCAGAAAGACGUCAUUCUUAGUAAUCUCGACGUCGCUGCACAGAACGGACAAUGGCCGAGCAAACAGGUCGAUUCUUAUCGAAUGGACAAUACCGGAGUAACUGAAAAAAGUCCAAUGAUUAGCAAGCUAACGACGAAUCGUAAACAAGAUACACGCGACAUCCGCGCGAUUCAAGCACAGACGUUCCAUCAAACGAACAAAAACGAGGAAGGAAAGGUGGACCGCAAAGAAAAACACAUCGUUGCGCUUAAUCUCGACGAAAAUCCUUACGAUAUGGAGAAGAUCGCGACGAGUAACAACGGAUCGAGUAAUUCGUUGAAGUUCGAUGACACUGGUUCUAAUUUCCUUACUUUGGACGAGAAAAAGUUCUUCGAACAUCAGAGCAUUCCUUACGAAGCCGCAGGAAUCGGCAAAAAUCAAACACAAUUAGCUCGUUCCCCUGUAAAUCGAGUCGGGGCAGCUGUUGCUAUAAUCAUGCUCGCGAUUGGAAUUGUUAUGCUACUUCUAGGGCCUCUCAUCGUUAUCCUACGAGCCUUCGCCGACAGAAGACGAACUAGACAAAUGUUGUUGAAAUCGAGAUGCCGUAUCGAUCAACCGCCUACUUACGAGGAAGCCACCCUUAUGGAUCAAGCACCAAGAUACUCGAGUCUUCAACUGGACUCAAUCCCCGAAUCUUCUUCCUCCCUUUAAUAUACAUUGUUAUUUUUUUUUCCUAAACACUUUUUAUAUCGAUCGUUGCACCUCUUUCAUUAAACACUUUUCUAUUUCUAAACA